AUGGCAGCGGGAGCGCCGUGGCUGCCCUUCGCUCGCGCGGCGGCCAUCGGCUGGAUGCCGGUGGCGAGUGCACCGAUGCCGGUGCCGCCGCCGGAGAAGCGGCGCGGACGGACGGGACUGAUCGUCCUGAACGUGAGCGGAACAAAGUUCCAGACGUGGCCGGACACGCUGGAGCGGUACCCGGACACGCUGCUGGGCUCCACCGAGAGAGACUUCUUCUUCCUCGAGGAGAGCAACGAGUUCUUCUUCGACCGCGACCCGGACAUCUUCCGCCACAUCCUCAACUUCUACCGCACCGGGAAGCUGCACUUCCCGCGGCAGGAGUGCAUCUCCGCGUACGACGAGGAGCUGGCGUUCUUCGGCAUCAUCCCGGAGAUCAUCGGGGACUGCUGCUACGAGGAGUACAAGGACCGGCACCGGGAGGACCAGGAGCGGAUCCAGGACGACGUGGAGAUGGAGCAGAGCCGCGAGCUCGUGUCCGUGGACCUGAGCUUCAGAGAGACCAUGUGGCGCGCGUUCGAGAACCCGCACACAUCCACCAUGGCGCUGGUCCUCUACUACGUCACCGGCUUCUUCAUCGCGGUGUCGGUGAUGGCCAACGUGGCGGAGACGGUUCCGUGCGGCGCGGCGCCGAACCGCGUCCGGCAGGUCUCUUGCGGGGAGCGGUACGCGCUCGCGUUCUUCUGCUUGGACACCGCGUGCGUCAUGAUCUUCACCGUGGAGUACGUGCUGCGCCUCCUGGUGGCGCCGAGCCGCUACAAGUUCGUAAAAAGCGUGAUGAGCAUCAUCGACGUGGUGGCCAUCAUGCCGUAUUACAUUGGCCUCGUCAUGACGGACAACGAGGACGUGAGCGGUGCUUUCGUCACGCUGCGUGUCUUCCGGGUGUUCCGGAUCUUCAAGUUCUCGCGACACUCUGCCGGACUUCGCAUCCUGGGCUACACGCUGAAGAGCUGCGCGUCAGAACUCGGCUUCCUGCUCUUCUCCCUCACCAUGGCCAUCAUCAUCUUCGCCACCGUCAUGUUCUACGCAGAGAAAGGAUCCAGCGACAGCAAGUUCACCAGCAUCCCGGCCGCCUUCUGGUACACCAUCGUCACCAUGACCACGCUGGGGUACGGUGACAUGGUUCCGCAGACGAUCAUGGGGAAGAUCUUCGGUUCCGUCUGUUCUCUGAGCGGAGUUCUGGUCAUCGCUCUGCCCGUCCCCGUCAUCGUGUCCAACUUCAGCAAAUUCUACCUCCAGAGUCAGAGAUCGGAGAAGAGACGCGCUCAGAAGGUGUCAAAGGAGGCGGGACAAGCACUGGUGUGUAAAAUCAACCAUGACUACGAAGUUCACCAACAUCACCUGCUGCAGUGUCUGGAGAAGACCACAAACCACCAGUUUGUGGAGGAGAAGAUGUACCAUGAGAGCUGCAGGGAGGUGACGCUGGUGAAGCAGGUUUCCCGUUCUUCCUCCAUCUUGUCCUCACCUCACAGCCUCACGUCCUGCUGCGCCCGCAGGAAGAAGAACUUCAACGUUCCAAACUCCAACAUGUCUGUGGCUCUGCAGAGCAGCUUCCAGGAGCUGAGCACCAUCCAGAUCAGUGAGAGGCCGAGAGUUGUCAGUCGUUCCAGUCUGAACGCAAAUUUCGAGGAGACAGUUCCUUUGAACUGCGACCAGGCGCACAUCACCGCCGCCGUCAUCAGCUCGCCAACGCCGGCUGGCACCAAGCCGGCUGGCACCAAGCCGGCUGGCACCAAGCCGGCUGGCACCAAGCCGGGUGGCGACGGAUCAACCGGCUCGACCAACGACUCCCAGGGAAACAUCGUGGGGGUGUCAGCGCUCUAG